AUGACCAUACCUAGAAAGUCUACUGUCGAGGAAUCAGCCAGGGACAUGGAUGAGACACCAGCAAAUGCAGAGGCGGGUCUGGUAAGGGACUGGUCUCUUCAGACUGAACGAAGAGUUCGGAGAAAGCUCGACUACCUCGUACUUCCAUCUCUCAUGUUGGGCCUUUUUGCACUCCAGCUGGACAAGGGCAACAUUGCCUACGCCAUCACGACAAGCUUCACUAGGGACAUUGGUAUCGGCACCGACCAAGUCAAUUAUGGAAACCAACUGAUGCUAGCGGGCAUUGUCAUUUUCGAGAUACCGUUCAACAUGGUCUUGUCCCGGAUCGGGGCCGCCAAGUGGCUCGUCAUUCAGAUCUUCGCCUGGGGGACCGUCGCCACGGCGCAAACGGCCAUACGAAACCUUGCGGGGUUUUAUGCCACGCGAUUCUUGCUGGGCAUGUGUGAGGCGGGCUAUCUUGCGGCAGCCCUGACCAUUCUCGCCAGCUUUUAUACCCGUGGCGAGAUGGCCAUGCGAGUCACGCUUGUAUACAUUGGCAACUACUUCUCGGCUGGGGUUGGAGGCCUGAUUGCCGGCGGUAUAUUCAAGAUUCCACAGUCAACUGGUCUGAAGCAAUGGCAGUGGCUCUUUCUACUCAAUGGUCUGUUUACUCUGAUUGUGGGGCUUUGGUUCAUCUUCUUUAUGCCCUCGACAACUACCAAUACUGCACCUCUAUGUGGUCUCAAAUGCCUAAAUCUGUUCACCGAGGAAGAUAAUCGCAUCAUCCGUUCCAGAGUUAUUCUCGAUGAUCCACGGAAAAAGAUAUCCUUGGAAAGCAUCGGAGUCAAGCGUGCUAGUCAGAUCCUACUCACUAAUCCCGCCAUCUGGGGCCACUCGGCCAUCAACCUCAUCUCCUUGACACCAAAGGGCGGCAUUGGAACAUACAUGCCCACAAUUAUCAAGAAUUUUGGGUUCGAUGCCAUUAUAGCCAGCGAGCUGGCUGCCGUACACAAUUUUGGCGUUUGCAUCUAUGCCAUUGUGGUUUCGUGGAUCAGCGACAAGACAGCGAUACGGGGCCCCCUGUGUCUGCUCUGCGGCAUCUACAGCCUAGUCUUUUCCGGGAUACAGUAUUCGCUCGUGCGCAACACCGACACUUGGCUCAAGUACGCCAUCUUGACCGUCUUUGCGGCUGGGACGGCGGUAUCUCAAGGUCUGAAUGAUGCAUGGUUUAGCGUUAAUACCGCCGACCCCCAAGUGCGCUGUCUCGGCAUGGCUCUGGCCGUGGCUGGCUCUAAUCUGGGUGGACUUGCUGGGCAGAAUAUUUUUGUGCAGAGCGAUGCACCGUACUAUGAAAAGGGGUUCCUCAAGAUCAUGUGCAUAUAUGCGGGGAGUAUUGUGGUUGUAUCCUUGAUGAUUGUGUAUUACUGGGCCAAAAACCGUCAACUGGCAAAGCAGACUUUUGUUGGUGAGCUGGUGGAUGAGAAGGGAGAGGUUGUUUUAGCCCACAAUGGAGAGACCCCACAGGUCAAAUAUCAGCUCUAG